UGUCGUCACAGCGGUGGCCAGAUGCCAAAUUGGUUGAAUGAUGAUCGCUUGCUUAAUUUUUGCAUCACUGUCUUCAAGGACCAAGUCGCGUCGCAUCGCCGGACUCGUUCCUCUCGACGUAAGUUAUGUAGAUCUUGUCGGUGGGAUAUGACUCUCUUACUCGAGAUCCAGGUCGACAUCAGCCAGAUUCCCCUUUGUGCCAGUCAAUCAAUGCAUUUAUCAACCGACUCUCUGCCGGAACGGCGCUCACGAUUCCUCCGAUGUCUUAUGGACCUAGUUUCGAUCCAUACACAUUCCUCGAUCAAUGGGCGGCUGUCUACGGUCGAGAGCAGUUAGGUCAUAUAGCAGGCCAAGAUCUAUCGCUCACCCGUCAUCGCUCACCCAAUGCAGACAAGAUCGGCGCCGGUACCACAGCUCAGUCUGGGGGGAGGACCACUGUCCCCACUGUGGUUGCGCCUGGACCCCUUAUCGCUCCGAUCAAUCAGCCCCCAGUGACGAUGCUGAAUAGCACCGGAUCCUCGGCUCCUGCGUCGCAAUUCGAUCAUACUCGCUACCCACAAACCCUCCCUGGAGGACCUGUUGUUGACGACUCGCUCCCCAAUGUCGAUCAGACAUUCAUAUCGAGCCCGUCGGGUGCGCCGACCCUGCCUGCGCCAGACCCUGGCACAAAUCACAUGUCCAUUCCGAUCCUUUUUGGUGACCCACAGCAAGUUCCCCUGCCCACCCAUUCCCAACCUCCUGCUGUCUUGCCGACGGAUCAAAUCUUAGCAGACAUGACCGCUUUGGUACUCUCCCGGGUACCUCCCGUCCGCAGUGUCAUCUUCGUGAUGGAGGAUCGUGAUGCAUAUCAGCUUAGUGAUAGAUUUCGAAGGCUGAGAACGCCACUAGGUGUUGGAGUUGAGCUUUCAGCAGGAGAUGGGUUUGACUACAUGCGCUGGGAUCAUAUACCCCAUGGUAAUUUGCCGUACUUACGUACCAAUGAUGGACCGUUCCAUUCUCUUUGGUCCUGAAGAUUUCGCAUUCUGGUCUCGGAAGUUACACAGAGUGUCCUGCGGGACUUCUCUGAUCGUGCAUUAUUGUUAUUUAUCGCAGCCUUAUGGGUUUAUUGGACGUUCUAUCCUACGAUAUCAAUUAAUCCAUUUGAAGUC